AUGCACAAUUCAUUCAAUUUAAAAUCCAGUUAUAAUUUCUCCAAUCUCUUAAACCUCUGCAAAAACACCAACCACUUGAAGUCUUUGAAAGCUCUACUCAUAGUUAAUGGUCUAAUACAACACAAGCUUUUGCUGGGACAAUUUUUGAAGUCUUCUUUUAAUUUGGGUGCGGUAGAUAUAGCUAUCUCGACUUUCAACAAAAUUAAAAAACCUAGCUUGUUCUUGCAAAACUUGAUGAUUAGGAGUCUAAGUAAAAAUGGGUUACACGAACAUGUCUUGUCUGUGUAUAAAACUUGUCGGGUUUCGAAUUGCCCAUCUGAUGAUUUUACGUUUCCUUUUGUGAUCAAGGGGUGUUCGGUUCUUGGUGCUUUUCGGAUCGGAAAAGAGAUACAUUGUGUUGUUUUGAGAAAUGGGUAUGAGCAAAAUGUUGUUAUAGAGACUACUUUGAUUGAUUUUUAUGGAAAGAUUGGCUGUUUAGGGAGUGCACGCAUUCUGAUUGAUAGAAGCCCACAGCCAGACUUGGUUUCUUUGAAUGCUUUGAUUUCUUGUUAUUCUUUGCAUGCGAUUGAUGAAGAAGUGUUUGGGGUUUUUAAGCUUAUCUUCUUGGUGGGUUUAAAGCCUAAUUUGAGUACUUUGGCAAGUGUAAUUCCUGUUUGCACCAGAUUGGGAUGUUUGGAUACUGGAAAGUCUCUCCAUGGAUUUGCUAUAAAGUCUGGUGUUCUUGCGAAUGAGUUUUUGGUGCCUGCAUUGAUUUCAAUGUAUGCUCGUGAUGCAUGUUUAUCUAGUGCUAGAAAUAUGUUUGAAGAUGUGAAAAAGAAGAAUGUUGUUGUUUGGAAUGCUAUGAUAUCUGCUUAUACACAAAAGAAUAUGGCUUUUGAAGCAUAUGAGAUGUUUCAAGAAAUGCUUCGUGCUGAUGUGCAGCCUAAUUCAAUUACUUUUGUGUCGGUCAUCCCCUCAUGUGAGGUUGCUGGUAUUAUAUGGUAUGGUGAAUCAUUUCAUGCUUGGGUGAUAAAACAAUGUUUAGAAAAUCAGGUUUCUGUUUUGACAGCUCUAGUGUCCAUGUAUGCUAAGCUUGGAGAGAUGGAUAAAGCUGAACAUCUUUUUGAUCGGAUGUCCAAUAGGAGCCUCUUGUCAUGGAAUGUGAUGGUGUCUGGAUAUGUGUGUAAUGGUCUAUGGGACACAAGUCUGGCUGCAUUUUGUGAGAUGCAGCUUGGUGGAUUUCGUCCAGAUGCAGUCUCUGUUGUUAGUGUUCUUUCUGCUUGCUCCAAAUUGGAGGCUGUUUUGCUUGGUAAGUCUGCACAUGCAUUUAGCAUUAGAAAGGGGAUUGAUUCAAACCCCAAUCUUUCAAAUGCUCUCUUGGCAUUUUAUUCUGGUUGUGGACAUCUCACCUCUUCUUUAAAGUUAUUUCACAAAAUGGACACUAGGAAUACCGUGUCAUGGAAUACUUUGAUAUCUGGGUGUGUGUAUAGUGGAGAAGUGGAAAAGGCAUUUGACCUUGGUCGCCGUAUGCAGAAAGAGGGUGUGACACUAGACUUGGUUACCCUGAUAAGCGUUCUCCCUGUUUACUGUGACAGAGAAAAUUUGAGUCAUGGGAUGACUAUACAUGGUUAUGUUAUUAAACUUGGGUUUGCUUCUGUUGUUUAUUUAGUCAAUGCACUUAUUAGCAUGUAUUGUAAAUGUGGGGAUCUUGAUGCUGGAAGAUUACUUUUUGAAGCUAUGUCCGAAAGGUGCAUAGUGUCUUGGAAUGCCCUGAUUACUGGCUAUCGGCAUCACAACUUACAGAACAAGGCUUUGAUCUUUUUCCAUCAAAUGUUGGAGAAGGAUCAGAGGCCAAAUUCUGUAACUUUGCUAAAUGUAUUGCCUAUGUGCUACAGCCAUUUGCAGAGUAUGUCUAUCCAUGCUUUUGCAAUUAGAACAGGAAUUUUACAGGAAACUCCUCUUCUUACUUCUCUGAUAUGCACAUACGCUAGAUUUGAAAAUAUGAACUCGUGUCUCUCGCUAUUUGAAACGGGGAUAAAAGACCUAUCAGUCUGGAAUGCUAUUAUUUCGGUGCAUAUCCAAACAAAAUAUCCUGAAAAAGCAGUUUCCUUGUGCUAUGAUUUGUUUCAAAUGGGCUUACAACCUGACCACAUAACAGUUCUGAGUUUAAUUUCAGCUUGUGCUCAACUAAAUUUCUUGAAUCUUGCUCAUUCUGUAAUGGCCUACGUGAUAAGAAAGGGAUUUGAGAAAGAUGCAGCCGUUAGCAAUUCCCUUAUAGAUUUGUAUGCAAGAUGUGGUGACAUUUUUACUGCUAAAAAGCUGUUUGAGGGCUUGCUUGAAAAGGAUGCUGUCUCUUGGAGUGUGAUGAUCAAUGGAUACUGUUUACAUGGGGACGGCGAAGCUGCCCUCGAAAUUUUCUCUCAGAUGCAGUUAUCAGGAGUGAGACCUAAUGUCAAUGUAUUUUCAACUAUAUUAUCAGCUUGCAGCCAUUCUGGUUUAGUUGAGCAAGGUUGGCUGGUCUUCAACUCUAUGGUCGAAAAUGGGAUAUCACCAAGUUUGGAGCACUAUGCUUGCCUGGUGGACCUGCUAGGGAGAGCAGCUCACUUGAAUGAGGCGUAUGAUGUGGUUAAGCAGCUACCUUGUAAACCUUCAGUUAGUCUACUAGAGUCGCUAUUGGGUGCCUGUAGAGUACAUGGCAAUGUCGAAAUUGGGGAGAAAAUUAGCUGGAUGCUCUUUGAAAUGGACCCAGAGAAUCCAGGACCUUAUGUGAUGCUUUCCAAUAUCUAUGCAGCAGCUGGACGAUGGACAGAUGCCGAUAAAGUGAGGACUAACAUGGACGGGAGACAAUUGAGAAAAGUAGCUGGUUGUAGUCUUCUAUUGAGGGAUGAAUGUGACAAUGAGUGGUAA